ACUGGGAGCAGUGAAGUGAAUCUGGACACAUCACACGUUUUUUUUAUUUAUUUAAAAUGGCGUCCGUCUGCAGGAUCUGAAGCAGCCUUGUUACUGUGCGUGUGUUUUGUUGUUGUUUUUGCAGUUUAGAUUCUUCCUGUGAUCCACAUCUGACUUCAUGCUGAUGUUCUGAUCCACGCGGCAACACACACACCUCCGACACAACAGCUCUCAGGAUGAAGGCAUCACUGUCCAUAUUAAUCUGUUUUAGCCUCACCUGGGCUCACACUCGGACGUCCGAGAGACCAAAUUGUAACGGAUGUAACAAAGAUCUCUCCUGCGACUGUGCUGCAAAGAAUCUUCGCCACAUCCCCAUCGUUCCCGCCAACGUCCUUUUCCUCGACGUGUCCUUCAAUGAGAUCGAGUCCAUUUCUCAGACGGAUCUGACCACGUACAUGGAGCUAAGAACUUUAAAGCUGCAGGAGAACAAACUCAGCAUGAUCCACCAAGAAGCGUUCGAUUCCCAGAACAAACUGGAAGAGCUUGAUCUGUCCUUCAAUAAACUGGAAAACAUUUCAUCACUCUGGUUUUCUAAACUUCGGUCUCUGAAACAUCUGAACAUCUUGGGAAACCGAUAUACCACCUUGGGAUCCGUUGCCCUCUUUCAAUUUCUGGAGAACCCUGUCCUGAGAACGCUCCAGUUCGGUAACCCUUUCAUCAAGGACAUCAAACAGAACAUGUUGCGUAAUAUUAUACAGCUGGAUGAGCUGACAUUUGUUGGUGGUAACCUGAGAUCAUAUGAGACUGGAAGUUUCCAGACAGCUUACCCCAUCAGGGCGGUUUCAGUCAGCUUUCAGGAGUUGUUUCAGGAGAAUCUGGCACUCGUAUCGAAGAUCCUUCGAGAUGUUUCUCACCCUGACACAUCCCUGACUAUUAGAGACAUUUCAUUCAAGUCAAUGAAACCCAUACAAACCCUUAAUGAGGUCAAAGAAGGUUGUACCAGGAGGAUUUCCUUUCAAAACUGCAGCACAACCGACGAGGGAGUCACCCUCCUUCUGAAAGUGUUAGACGGCUCUCCGCUGUCUUACAUCGGUAUUGAGGAUGUCCGUCUCCUCGGAAGAGGUUUUUGGCCACCUCAGUGGACGCACUACGAAAACCUGCAUACCAUAUUUCUCCGCAACAUAGAAAUCCAGGGCUUCUUCAGAUUUAGCAGCAUGUUGCAGUUAGUGUUCCUCUUGAAACAUCUCACCAAGAUAUCUGUCAUCAACUGCACCGUUUUUGUGAUUCCCUGCAUCACUACCUAUUUCCUACAAAAGGUGGAGUACUUGGACUUGAGCCAAAACCUCCUCUCAGAUAUCACCAUGCAGGAAUCCCUGUGCAACGGUGACAGCCAGAUGCACAACCUGAACACGCUUAUUGUAAGUCACAACUCACUGAAAUCCCUCGACCUCGUGUCCCACCUGGUCUCGAGUCUCCGGAAGCUCACGGUGCUCGACGUGAGUCACAAUGACUUUCUGAAGAUGCCGCAGGUUUGCCGUUGGCCUGCAAGUCUCAGGUUUUUGAAUCUCUCUGCUACUAAACUUCAUCACGUAACUCCAUGCAUACCUCAGAGUCUGACCACUCUGGAUUUGAGCCAGAACUUCCUGACCGCUUUCCAACUCGAUCUUCCCCAUCUUGUGGAGCUCUGGCUAACAGGGAACAGAUUUAUUUCCCUCCCGGACGGUGGAUGGUUUCCCAGCCUACAGAUGUUGUUCAUUGAAAGAAACACGCUAAACAUGUUCAACAAAAGUGAUCUGACGGCAUUCCGGUCUCUCCAGUUCUUGGAAGCUGGCCAGAACAAUUUUGUUUGCAGCUGUGAGUUUUUGGAAUUCUUUAAAGGUCACGUAGACCGCUUGAUUACUCUAAGAGACGGACAUCACAGCUACACGUGUGACUCUCCAUUCUCACUGAGAGGUCUUACCAUCGAUGACGCUCAGCUAUCUGUCUUCGACUGUCACAUGAUCUUGAUAGUAUCCCUCAUCUGCUCUGGGAUUGUCGUGGUCCUGAUCGCUAUCGGGGUCAUCUGCUACAAGUUUCAUGUCUUAUGGUAUCUACAGAUGACUGUGGCGUGGUUAAAGGCGAAAGGUAAACCAGGCGUACGCAACGCGGGCGCUACUCUUCGCUACGACGCUUUCGUAUCGUACAGCCAGCACGACGCUGAGUGGGUCGAGGAAAUCCUAGUGCCGGAGUUGGAAAGCUCGGACCCUCCGUUGGCUCUGUGUCUGCAUAUGCGAGACUUCCUCCCGGGUCGCUGGAUCGUCGACAACAUCAUCGAGUCCAUCGAAAGCAGCUACAGGACUCUCUUUGUCCUGUCGGAGAACUUUGUGAUGAGCGAGUGGUGCCGCUACGAGCUGAACUUCUCACAUUUUCGAAUCAUCGACGAGAACAACGACUCGGCCGUCCUGAUCCUGUUGGAGCCCAUCGCCAAGGAGACGAUUCCUAAACGUUUCUGCAAACUGCGCAAAAUAAUGAACUCCAGGACGUACCUCGAGUGGCCUCAGGACGAAGAAAGGCAAGAGGAAUUCUGGCACAACCUCCGAGCUGCACUUAAGAGAGAGGACUGCUGAUACACACCUGCAGACUGCAGACUAAUGCUGUGUUUUAUUCAUGAUUAAGACUCACAUGGGAAUCACAUCAUUAAGAGAUUCUGACUAAUAAAUGAUUUUGGAAAGCGUUUAAUGUAAAUUAUACAAGCUUACUGUCAAACAAUUUAAUCCAACAUCAUCAGCCUCAGUAGAGUUCACUCUUCCUGUCCUGAUGUAAAGCUUUAUAGAUAUAGACUUUUCUCAAUCCUAAUCUCUGUCUUAAAUCUGCUCUCAAUCAAUUAAAGUGUUAUGUAUUUAUGGAUUGUUUGCACCAGGGGCUUUCCAGUUUUUGGUCAGCUUCCUCAUGAAAUAGAGAACACACACACACCCACACACACACUAUGAGUAAUUCUUUCAUUCUUCACUGGAUGGUAAAUCCUACAUGAUAGUUAGAUUUGUACUUUUUCAUAUUUAAUAUGAUUUAUAUUGCAGUAGUAGAAGGGUUAGUAAUCAAUGUAGCACACUAUGUAGUGCAGAGGUGUGUUAGUUGUAUGCUAGUUAGCGUUCAGAUAAUGUAAUAAACUGUCUAGUGUGGAAGUGUGCAUUACAUAACACACCAUUUUGACACUUUCUUCUGCAGAAGUAUUUCAUUAAUUUCACACACACACACACACACAUACACACACACACACAGAAGCCAAGUGCAUAGCAAGUUUGGUUGCUGAUUCAUCAGCUUGCUAGGCUUGCUACCUAAGGUUAGCUCUGGAGCAGAUAUAAGACACGUGUCUUAUAUUUUAUAUAUUGUACAAUAUCCUGAGUGUAAGCUUCAGUCUGGUAAUAUAUUUAACACAAUCUCGAAGUCAGGUUUCAUACCUUAAUGCAACAAUAAAUAAUUAAGAAAAUAAAAGCAACACAUUUGUUUACUGUUUUGAGAAAUUAAAUCAUAUAUUCUGAAAAAUAAAGUAUUUAAAAAAAAGAGAGAUAGAAGGAGACACGCACGAACGCUCACACACACACACACAAGCUAAAGUACUACGCCACCUGGUGGCCACUAAGUUGUGUUUGUCAUAAUUCUGUGUUUGUCAUAAAUCUCCACACUCUGAGUCCCGACAUUCCUUUACUACUAUACUGUUUAGUGCACUAGUGCACACCAGCCCAUCAGGUAGUGCACACUCUACCUAGUGUGGAAGUGUGCAGGUUUGUUGAAGCACUGUUCAGAGCGAGAGAAGGAGAGUAAAUAAAAUGAGAAUAGUCAGGAAGAAGAAGAAGAAGAAGAAGAAGAAGAAGUGCGCCGUUGAUCUCCUAUCCAGUGUAAUAUUUUCUGAUAUAAUCCGGUGUGGAAGUGUGCGGUUUGCCCUCCACCUAGUGCACCAAUGUUUCAGUAGCUAGUGCGGAAGUGUGUGUGUGUGUGUGUGUUUUUUUACCUAUUAAGUAGAGCACUAUUUUGAAAUACUGUCUAGUGCGGAAGUGUGUGAGUUUGUGUGAUGUUUUAUUUAGAGCACAUUAUGAGGCGUGACCGUGCUGGUUUAAUUUACACCGGAACUCGGACACAUUUAUAAAAACAACAUUUAAAAAAAUAUAACAUUCUUCGGAUGUUUGCGUACACAAAAAGGGGGCGUGGCUUCUUCUUCUUUUUUUCUUCUUUUUUCUGCCUUCACAUUGAAGGAGAAGGAGGGAAGGGGCGGAGCUUUCGGCCAAACCGGGAAGCGGAGCGCGUUCCGGAGCAGCGUAGGCUGCGCGCUGCGUUCGACAGGAGAUUUUCGGGGCAGUGAGAAUCACAUCCCGGCCGCCCCCACUCUUUCUCCCUCUCUCUCUCUCUCUCUCUCUCUCUCUCACUCCCUCUAUUUUA